AUGAUGGUCGGUGCGACCUCCCGCGCCACACGGUGCUGCUCAGGAGCGACGGCACCGCCGUGGCCUGCGGUGUCGCUCGAUGGCGGCUCAAUGGUUUUCGUCACCAUCGGCGGGGUGGAGCGAUGCAGGAUCAGGGCGGCGCCCACCGCCCGCCUCGCAGACACCUACCUCCAGCUCGUGGCCGAGCACCGCGCGGGCAGGCUGGGCCCCGGAGCCUGGCGCGUCGAGGCGAUCCUGCCGGGGGGCCGCCCGCUCAGCAGCGCCGCGGCCGAGGAGACGGUCGCCAGCGCAUUUCCCGCCGCAGCCUGA